AUGCCCAUGUGUAAGUCAAGCCAGUGUAGGCAAGGUUGAAGGCGUGUACGCUGAGAACACUUAUUUUGAAGUGGUAACUUAAAAGCAAAAGAUACGUUGAUGUGAAGAAGCUUUGAGAUUUUAUCUAGGAUGUCCAAGUCACCCAAGGGAUUCUCUGGGGGAACAAAGUGCUUCUUGUAUUCUAGAAAUGCUGAUAUAACACGGUCAGGGGAAAUUGGCAUGCCUGGAUGGUGAGCUGGAGGACUGGGUCGGCAUAUCUUUGGAAGCAGGGACUGGGUGAUUGGCUGGCUAUAUUGCCCCUCUGUGUUGAGAGAGAGAGAGAGAAAAGAAAGGUUGCUAUAUUUUAGAUACAGAGCAAAAUGUUUUGUGUUAAUCUUAAAUUUAUUUUGUUUGCAUGAGGCUGAUUUCUUUCUCAGCAUGUUUGCCUGGGACCAUUCAAGAUCCCACGCUCUGAGAGUUUGUAGUCUAGAAGGGGAGAUGGCACCUGCAGUGGUCUGAAACAUGAGGCUCGCCUCAGUAAGGUGAAUUUAUUAUCUCAUUUUAGAAUGAAAGCAUAAAUAAAAAUUGGGUAAUAGGCCAGAUGACUGAAACGAGAACCUUGAUUUAGAGGUUCCUGUUUGUGUCUCUGCAGCCACCUCAGAAUGCACGCAUUUGGUUUGCUCUGAGCCUGACCUUCUACGCAGGCAGAAGUGUCUUCAGUGGAACUUGGCAACUGCAGUGGUGGGGAGUUCAGUGCAUUUCUUCUCCUGGCGUUCCUCAUCUUGGGUAAGCAUUUGCUUUGUAUUUCUCAAGCAGUGACUUGAACUUUUCUCACUUGGAAGAAGGCUGGUUCUGAAGGUUUUCAUUUAAUGGCAAUCUUUUUGGAUUGUGAGGUCACAGUCAAAGAGCGGUCAACCUCUGCAGGGGGACUGCCAUGAGGUAGUCUAAUAGGGACAGUGUUCCUUAGUGUAGAGUAACUUGUAUUAAGGUCCUCAGAAAAAAAGAGCAAGGUUUGCUCUUAGUGAAAGAGUAAAUGAUGAUGAUGACGGUGAUAAGGCUUUAGCUUUUAAGUUGCCUGUGGCUUUAGGUAGAGCUGUGACUAGCUGUCUUUGGACUCAUGGCAGAAUUCUUCCUGCACGGUUUCUCUUCUCCCAAUCCUAGACAGGCUAGUAUUUAACCUUAAGGAGUCAGGAACUUAAGCCUCCCAAGAGAGGUAGGCUGCCACACCCUCUGCAUAGCGCUGAUCUCAGGGAAGAUGAAGUUGGAUGGUUUAGUAGAGCCCAGUCUAAAGGAGAGAGCAGGAGUAAUGACUCCCAGGGUCCCCUUCAAGCACAGGGUUGACCGAUGUAACUGAGAUUGUAUUAUAAGGAGCCAUGUAACCUACCAGUCUAUAUUAAAUGGUCUUGGAAGGAAAAAUGAGGAUGCAUUUUAGCAGGUUCAUGCCUCAGAGUGGUUAUGUGGACUUGUAUACCUAAAACACAUCCAAGAGCCUGGAGGUACACAGUGACAUGUAAAUUGAGGGAACUUAGCACUGCAGGUGGAGCGGCUGCCUGAGUGAGGGAAGGCAGUGCGGGUGUGUGCUCGGUGGUUGCUUGUCCUCACUAGAGGCAACCACCUUGAGAGAGGGAGUGCCUCUCACUUAUUUUGUCCUGUAAUAUUGUAGUAUUUGGGGGUCAUUUCCACAUCCUGUGUGGUAGUCUCUUGUCAUGAGUCUCUUUGCUGAAGAUUUUGUUUUUCCUGUUAUAAUUUUGCCAAGGACAACAAUUCCCCUACACUGUUAAUAAUAGAAAAGGGGGUCCUGAUAGUUACAACGCCCUAGGAGUGGUAUUUGCCAGAGGUAUUUUGUGAAAGUACCAUGAGCUCAGGUCCAAACAGUUGGCUAACACAUGAGAUAACUUAAGAUAAUAUGCAGAAUUAUCUAAAGAACAUGCUGGUGAGGUAAAUCAUUAUCUGGGAAAGAAAGCAGGCUAAGCUGAGGAUUCAAAAGGAGUCUAUCAAGGUGCUUAAGGUGCAUCUGAAUGCUUUGGUUAGAUUUUUAGACACUGAGAUUCACAUAUAUAUUCUGAAUUAUAUUAUUUGAAUAAUGAAAUUCUGAAAUAUAUAUAUAUGUAAUAUCUAUCUAGCUGUAUUUUUAAAAAUAAAUUUACUUAUUUAUCUACCUAUCUGUUUAUUGGCUUCAUUGGGUCUUCGUUGCUGUGCAUGGGCUUCCUCUAGUUGUGGCAAGCGGGGGAGCUGCUCUUCAUUGUGGUGUAUGGGUUCCUCAUUUCGGUGGCUUCUUUUGUUGCAGAGCAUGGGCUCUAGAGCGCAGGCUCAGUAGUUGUGGUAUGCAGGCUUAGUUGCUCCAAGGCAUGUGGGAUCUUCCUGGAGCAGGGAUCGAACCUGUGUCCCCUGCACUGGCACGUAGAUUCUUAACCACUGCACCACCAGGGAAGUCCCUAUCUAUCUGUAUUAUAUGGCAAGAGUUUCUGAAUAUUUGCCAACUAACUAGGCAACUUGAACUUGACUGGAGUGUUCUUGGCCCAGUUAGGUGUUGUUAAUUCAUCUGCUGAGUGGCCCCUGGGCUCCCACCCUGGUCUUACUCUGUGCUGGCACUGGAGAUGCACUGGCCCAUAGGCACAGCUCUUGGCCUCAUGGAGCUUAUAGUCUUGGGGGGUGAGGCUGGAGAGCAAGGCUUUAAUCAAACAAACACAUCAGUAAAUAGAUAAUUAGAAGUUGUGACAAAUGCCUUAAAGGAAAGAGAACUAGUAUUAUUCAAACAUGUGGCUAGGGUCUGCCCUGGGAAGGGCGGUUCAGGAGAGGUUUCCCUGAAGAAAUUACAUUUAAUUUGAGGUCUGGAAGAUGAACAGGAGUGAACUAGGGGAAGGGUGUGGGAAGAGCAUUCAGUCAAGGGGAGCAGAUCAAUCUUGUUUUGAUAAGUGAAGUGCAGGGAAGCUUUGCUGCAAAACGUUGACUGCUUUCACACACAUAGAGGAGCAGUACAGUCGAGGAAGGAGAUGGGCCCUGGCCCAAGAUGCGUGGGUUUGAACCCGGGCUUGCCACUUGCUCUGUUAUUAGGCAGGUCACUUCACCAAUCUGUGCUUCGGUUUCCUCCUCUGUAAAACCUCAUAGGGGGUGGUGAGGAUUACAUUGGUUAACGUGCAGAGCCCUCAGACAGGGCUAGCACAUAACCCUCUCUAGUUUAUUGAGUAUCAAGUACUGAUUUCUAGUGUGGUGCUACAUUACCUAGGGGGGAAAGAUCUGAUCCUUUAAUGUUAAGAAUGAGGCCCAGGGAGAUUGAGUGGUUUCCCAAAUAUCAAAGAAUUAGUUAGUGGAAUGUCUGAUCUGGGAAGAGAAUUUUUUAAAAACUUGAUGUUUUUUCUGUUAAAUCAUUGCUUUUCUAUUCAUUCACACAGAGUUCUGGUGGUGCAUUUGAGUACUUAGGACUGAAAAUGGGUAUCUUCUAUUUACCAGAUUUUUCCACAUUUCUUAGAAUUUGUUUGAAAAUGGUUUGGGUGUGGCUCUGCGUGUCUUGAGUUUGGUGACUAGAAUUAAAGUCUUUUGGGGGUCGCUGGUUUCCUCUUAGAAUAGAGUGAUGCAUUUGCAGGAAGUCUAAGUUGAUUUCAGUUUGAUGGUUGUCUGGGCAGCUAUCAGCACUUGUUCAGUAUAUACCAGGAACGUCACUGAUGCUGUAACCCAGGCAUGGGACACUCAUAAAUGAGAUGCAUAUGGUCCUGCCCCUGAGAGCGUACAUAAGUCUACACUGUAAUCAAUGAUUACUCCUCCAUGCAAAUGGCACACUGCUUUGGGGAAUAUAUGACAGCUGUUUGCUGGGCAGUGAAGGGAGCACAACCAACUACUUAGAGAAGAAUUCAUCCAGAACACAACAGGGAUCUCAGAUGUCCCCGAUAGGAUGAAUUAAAGCUACGAUAUAAGGGACUUCCCUGGUGGCACAGUGGUUAAGAAUCCGCCUGCCAAUGCAGGUCUCACGGGUUCAAGCCCUGGUCUGGGAAGAUCCCACAUGCCGCGGAGCAACUAACUAAGCCCGUGCACCACAACUACUGAGCUUGCACUCUAGAGCCUGCGAGACACAACUACUGAGCCCAUGCACUGCAACUGCUGAAGCCCACACGCUCUAGGGCCUGUUCUCCAUAACAAGAGAAGCCACUGAAAUGAGAAGCCCACGCACCACAACGAAGAGUAGCCGCUGCUCGCCGCAACUAGAGAAAGCCCACAUUCAGCAAUGAAGAUGCAAGGCAGCCAAAAAUAAAUUUUAAAAAAAGUUAUGAUAUAAAGGAAGCCCUUUAUCAAGCUCACCCAUGUAUGCGUGGGGUAAGGUGGGUGUCAUGGAGCAGAAAUAAAGCUGUGGCUAUCCUGAGAGAGAUCUGUAUUUUCAUUAGAAGUACUCAUAUUUAGGGAAACUUAAUGUGACUUUUGGUAUAUCUGAGUCAGUGUAAUUGUUAUCUACAUUGUUGCAAUGGGAUUUAAGAACUGAAACUUUAAAAGUUUCCAGUUCAUUCUGAUUCAUCAUUUGCCAGUCUUGUAAAGGUAGACUCUCAAAACCCCAAAUCUCCUCUGAAGCUACAAACUCUAUUUCCUAUCUGACUUUUAGGCUAUAAAAAUAGGAUCUUAUGUGGUAAUCCUUUCUAUUUUUCAAAGCACUGUUAUCUACAUUAUCACAUUCGAUCCUUGUGUUGUUAUCCCCAUGUUACAGGCAAGGAAAUGGAGGUUUAGCAAGGUCAACUGACUUUCUGCAUAAGGGAGACCUAGGUAGGCCCACCUUAAACAGCUUGACCCUGAUUUUCCAGAUGGACGAUUUUGUUGAUUAGAAUACAGGUAAGAAAUCUCUUAGGUAAUCAUUUUUUAUAAAUUAAAAUGGCCACUAUGCAUGCUGGACUUCCUGCAGAGCCGGGUAGGGUACUAUGAUGUACAAAGAAGACAUUUCCUCCUAGCAGAUUCCGAGGUGGAAUUACUCCAAGAUGUUAGGGUGCAGAGAUCUUGACUGAGACCAGCCUCAGCAGUAGGUAGGAACGCAAGGCUGGUUGAAUUGUAACUCCUUGGAGUUAGGGUUCUUCUGUUUUCUUAAGAAAAUUGAGGGGCAUUGUGCAGAACGGCAAAUCUAUUCCCAGGAGCUGGUGGAUGCCGGGAAAUUCAUACCACAGAGGUAAUAUAGAUGAUUUAAAAGUACUUUUGCCCUUGCACAGCCCAAUUCUCAUUCUACUCAUGCUAUCCUGCCUCAAAAAGUGAAAAAAUAGAAAAAAAAAUCUCACCAUGGACUUUUCAUGUGGCUUCUUUGUGUCAUGGAACUUGGUGAAUGCCUUAACUGAGUUUAAAAAAUUUCCUCUUAUUUGUGUAUCUCCUUUCUUACAUGUCCAGAACAUUCUUUAUAUAUUUAAAGGUAAUCAUUUUAGUUUAGUUGGAGAGGUAAGUUAAAUAUUUCAGGCUGAGUAUUCCGUAAUCUUUUGUUUAUGUGAAACUCUCAGGUUGUAGAUUGUCUAGGAUUGUCAUCUCAAGGUUCUCCUGGAAUUAUUUGUUUUUUUUCUCUUGAAAAGCAACUUUCAUCUAAUCUUCCCUUACAGCCAAUCUGAGGCAGCCCCCAAGUGACUCUCCAAACACCACUCUGUUUUGUUUCAUCAUAGCAGUUACCAGCAUCCGCUGUUUCUUAUGCAUUCAUUUGCUGCUUUUUUUCUCUCCAUCUCCCCUCCACAUGCAAACUGCACAUGUGCCGGGACUGACCUUGUCUUCCUUGUUCCAUACUGCAGCCCAGUGCCUCGGACAGAGUUUGGCUCACAGAGACACUCACUAUUGAUUUGUUAAAUUAAUGAACUCCUCUUGACACUAUUUUCUGAUUUUUUUUUUCUUUUAGGGUUGAAAAAUUGAGAGCAGCAUGUUUUACCCACUGAAACUCAUCCUGAUGCCAGUGUUACUGGGUUAUUCCUUGGGCCUGCAUGAUUUGAUUGUUUCCUCUGUGGAGCUAACAGUCCACGUGGGUGAUUCAGCCCUGCUGGGAUGUGUUUUCCAGAGCCCAGAAGAGAAACAUGUGACCAAGGUAGACUGGAUGUUCUCGUCAGGAGAGCAUGUCGAGGAUAGUUACGUGCUCUUCUAUUACGCCAACAUCAGCGUGCCGGUGGGGCGCUUCCAGAAUCGCGUGCGCUUGGUGGGGGAUGUCUCACACCAUGACGGUUCUCUCCUGCUCCAAAAUGUGGAAGAGGCUGACCAGGGAAACUAUACCUGUGAAAUCCGCUUCAAAAUGGAGAGCCUGGUGUUCAAAAAAGCAGUGGUGCUGCAUGUGCUACCAGAGGAACCCAAAGAGCUCAUGGUUCAUGUGGGUGAUUCGACUCGGAUGGGAUGUGUUUUCCACAGCACAGAAGAGAACCACAUGACCAGGGUAGACUGGAUGUUCUCAUCGGGAGAGCACGCCAAGGAGGAGGUUGUGUUGCGCUAUUACCCCAAACUCAAGACACCCAUGGGAUACCCCCAGAACUGGGGCCGCUUCCAGAAUCGUGUAAACCUGGUGGGGGACACUUCCCGCAACGAUGGCUCCAUGGUGCUCCACGGGGUGAAGGAGUCUGAUGGAGGAAACUACACCUGCAGUAUCCAUUUGGGGAACCUGACAUUCAGGAAAACCACUGUGCUGCACGUGAUCCUGAAAGAGCCCCGAACAUUGGUGACCCCAGGGACCUUCGGACCUGAGAUCCUGGGCGGUCAUCAGCUCGUGAUCAUCGUGGGGAUUGUCUGCGCCACCAUCCUGCUGCUUCCUGUUCUGAUAUUGAUCGUGAAGAGGACCUUUGGGAAUAAGAGCGCAGUAACUUCCACGACGCUGGUCAAAAGCCUGGAGAACACAACGAAGACUCAUCCAGAGAAACAUAUUUACUCCUCAAUAACCACACAAGAGGUGAUCGAAGAAGAGUCAAGUGGAAAAUCAGAGGCCACCUACAUGAUCAUGCACCCAGUUUGGCCUUCUCUGAGUUCAGCACCAACUAGCCCAUCUGACCAAAAGUCAGCUGGGGGAAUGUCAAGAACAGAGCAAGCCUUCUGAGAAGAAGGGGGACUUCCCUUUGCCCUUGGCCCUGGCAGAGACUCUCUUUUCUGUAUGUCGUGAGUCCAUGUACCAGUUAUGUCAGACCCCCUGCCCUCCCAGUCCUCCUCCUGCCUCAUUGCUUGGGGCAAAGGGCUGAAGAUGGAGGGUUUUUGAAGCCUCGCAGAGCGAUGGGACAGCUCUGGAGGGACAGCUUCUGAUUAGGGGGAGCGUGGACUUGGUCCUUCUGGAGUGGGACACUGGCCCUGGGGGCCCUGGCUGAGCUGCCACAGUGGCCUUGAGCACCCCAUUGGGUCAGACCCUCCGCUUGGACGGUGCUUUCUGUGGAUGGUUACAGGGGAGAUUCACAGAGAUAAAGACCAGCCCAAAUGAUUCCUUUGGCCAAUUAUCCCUAAAUAAAUGCAGUUUGUGGCAAUCGUCCUGUGUUUCUACCCUGGCUGAGGGGCAAGUGGAGUCUUGGUGAGGAAUCUACAGUCUUGAACUCCUGAAACAACAGAAGUGACUGGAGGAAAGCCCUGCUGUGACUCACACAUUGGAGACUGGUUUGAGGCCUGGGAAAGUUUGGGGGGUGGGGGGUGAAUGGGUUGGAAGUGGGGUAUGAAUACAGCUCUUUGAUUAAGCCAGUGAUUCUGGAUUCUGGCUGGGUAUCCGAGUGGCUGGUGGCUCUUCUCUGGGCCCCACCAGAGGCGUCCUGGUUUGGAAUUUAGGGGUAGAGCUGGGACACUUUUUGUUUUCAAAAUGGGCACUCAUGGGUUGCCAAAAUGGACAGCCACUGAUUUAACUCUUGGUCUGAAAUGUGAGGCUCCUUUACUUUUGGGUUACUACUGUAAGAUUUAAUAAGGUUAGUUUCUUAAAUCCUUUGGUUCUCGUCUGGGCUCAGCUCAGAUCUGUCUUUACUCCCACAGGGCCUUCCUCAUUCUCUGUACCCCAUUUUUCCCUUUUAGCCAUUCAGGACCUGGAAAAGAGCAGGUCUUCUGUGGGCCUGUGAUUUCUGAUCCAAUCUGAAGUGGAGCUACAUUUUUGAGGGGUUUCCCUAACUCUCUAAAUGUCAAGGACCCUCCAUAACACACUCAUGAUUGACUUCCUCUUUUACUGACUGCUCUCGGGUCUCCACUUGGAGGCCUGAAGCCUCUUUUUGUUCAGCUGUGGCUAAGAGUCAUUAAAUGUUUCCUCCUCACCUGUCAAC